AUGGCGUCUCGGGUGAUUCUGGAACGAUCCGCUUGCGACCUCUGCCACUCCAGAAAGGUGAAAUGUGACCGGCUUGACCCAUGCAUGAACUGCGUGGAUGCAGAGGCAGAAUGUCGAAGAGCUCGGCCACGGCGCAGUAUGCGUCCCAGAGUUUCGCGACUCUCGGGACUGUCAAAGAGGCUGUCAACACUGGAGCAAUACAUCGUCAAUCCCCAUGCUCCUGCGGCAUCCACGAGACAGGAACCGAGUCACGACCUCCAAGAGCCAAACAAUAACAGCAAUAUGAUACUAGAGAUUCCCACGACCUCUCAGGCUUCCAACAUGAGCACUCCAGAUAUCAAGGCCACAGGCGACGUUGUGGCUUCCCAACGAACCACAGAAUCCCCCGCUGCAGUCGAAGACAUAGCAACGCAGCAAGCUUGUGAGGCACGACGCUCCAUUCAACAGGAACUACGGCAAAGCAACCACUUAUCCUCCAGCCGACGCACCAUUCUGGAAAGCGCUCUAUCUCUUGUAAACAAGAUAUCUACGCCAUCAUUAGAGAAAGGACUGUUCCAAGGGAAUACCAAGGAGUCGGAGGACUCCAAUCCAUCAGGCAUAGAGGAGUUCACCUUGGAGACGUACUUCAUGAUGUCAGAGGACAUAGCACACCGAGACUCUCCCGGGAAGCACCUUCAUUGGCCCGAUCACGUCUCGGUCAAAAGUCUGGAACAUAUGAGCCUGUCUCUUGCGGAAGGCCUCGUCGAUCGUCAGACAUCUCUGCAUUAUCGUGUCUGCGUCUAUACCAAAGCCAUAUUUUUUCUCGCUCGUCUUCGGCAACGACAAAUGAAUCCGCGGCUUUACAACCAUGUCAAAAUGACUCGUCGUAAAUAUACUCUAGCAGCUUUCAAGGCUCUAAAUCAAGUCGAUAUGAGCGGAACUUAUUCUCUUUCCUUUGUUCAAGCUCUAUUGUCCGGUGCAUUGCUUCACCAAAUGCAAGGGAAUUCUACCAAGAGCUGGACGUUGACAGCAUUCGCGGCGCGGCUACUCGUCGCUAUGAACCAUCAUAGCAUUACCACUGAUACACCAGUUCGAACUCAGGAGGAAGAGGAUGCCCGCUUCUGUCUUUUCUCCUGCUACUUACUCGAUAAGUCACUAAGCAUGCUUCUCCUCCGACCACCUUCACUCCCACGCCUGGGAGUAAGUCCUGCCGCACUCAUCCCUAUGGAAGACGGCGUAUCGCUCAGCAUGAUCGCCAAAACCAUGGUUGAGCUAGCGGAAAUUCAAGAGGCUGCAUUGGAGCUAUUUUACAGAGGGGCGGGGCCUGUGGAUACAAGCAACCCUGCGACCGAGCUAGAUGGGAUGAUCCAGCAGCUGGAUUCGAUGAAGGCCGUGAUCGAGGAGCGCCGAGCAAGCUCCGGGCCGGAAUUGCAGUGGGAUUGGAUGGCGGCAGAAUUCCGAUAUCACGCUAUGGUGACAACCAUACUACAGUGCAAAUCCAGAGUCUGGGGCACGGUCCAAAACCGGGAGCAAUGUCUCCAGCAUGCGCGGCAUGCGCUCGAGGCUUUGAGCCGUCUGCAAACAGUUUUCAAUGAGGACAGUGCCUUUGUUGGUGCUUACCCGAUGUUCUUGACCUGGACCGUUUUUUCUUACCCCAUGACUCCCUUCUACAUCUUGUUCUGCAAUGUGGUUGGGACGUCGAGAGUGGAAGACUUCCAGCUGAUGCGCGACACCACGAAGGGUCUUUAUCGGUUCAUCGACUUCAACCCUGCAAUUGGCAGGCUAUACCACCUGUUUACCCAAUUUCUCAUCCUUUGCAGUCCCCUUGUUGAGAGAGAAGACAGUACCAGUCCCUGCUCUGUCCAGCAAAACAUGAACCUCGACCCAGAGGACCCCAGCGUCCCACUAGAUGCUGGUAUCCCCCUACUGAACACGGACAAUCAACUCUACAAUGGCGCAGCCCAUUUAGGAAGGACUGAGGGUGCCAGCUCAUUCGAUACGACAAUACGACCAGAGAUGAAUUCGUGGUGGAACAAUGCUCAGAUGUGGGAACUGUUUGGCACCCAGCCUUCGCUCGAAUGGGUGAAUUCUGAGAUCACCGAUUUUGUGGCAGAUGGCUAUCCGUAAGGUGUUG